AUGAAGCUCCCUCUCUGCACGCUGCUUGGCUUCGUAGCAGGAACAAUCCAAGCAGCUUUAGCUGCGUCGUCACCUACCCGUCGAGGUGCAUGGCCUCAUGGUCCCUUUGCCACCGACGGUAAUCAGAUCAAAAAUGCCGACGGCCAACCAGUCAUCUUUAUCGGCACCAACUGGCCAGGCUCAGGUGAGACCAUGCUCCCAGAGGGCAUCGAAUUUCGAUCAAUCGCUGACAUUGUUGGUAUGAUGAAGUACGUUGGAUAUAACUUUGUUCGUCAUACGUAUGCGAUCCAGAUGAUCGACCAGAUCUACGAAAACAACGGUGCUGAUAUCACUGUGCAGUCUGCUCUGCUCUACGCUCUUGGCGAAACCAAUGGUACUCGGAUCAUGGACAUGAUACACCAGAACAACCCCGAGAUCACCAACAGUACUACGAGGCUCCAAGUGCUUGGAAUGAUUGCAGAAGAGGAAAACAAGCAAGGAAUGCUGAUGCAUCUCGACAAUCACAUUAGUCGAGCCAUCUGGUGCUGCAGUCACGACGAUGGCAAUGCUUGGUUCGAUGAUCUGGACUUUGACGUGAACAAAUGGCACCGCGGGCUUCGCUAUAUGGCCAACUGGGCCAAGAAUCACACCAACAUUGUCUCCAUGUCACUGCGUAACGAACUGCGCAAGUCAGCGAUCGAGCCGAAUCUCGAGUACAACUGGAAGACGUGGUGGGGCAACAUUUCCGAAGCUGCGGAAAUCAUCCACUCGACCAACCCUGACUUGCUCAUCACGAUCAGCGGUUUAGACUACGACAUUGACCUUUCAGCACUCACUGGCCAAACCAACCUUCUCGAUGCUCCUUAUGUCAACAAGGAUAUGGACAACAUCACAAACGCCGAGUCGAUGCCUGCCAUGUACGCUGAUAUUGAGAGCACCAAGUUCGGCAAGGCCAAAAAAGCGGUCCUCGAACUACACGCUUACAAGAUGUCGACCUAUUACCAAGACCACCUUGAAGACUGCGGAGCUAUUCAAGCGGGUCUCUACAGGUUUGGCUUCAAUGCGCUCGGCAAAUCCGCACGCCCUCAAGCUUGUAGCAACUCUGCUGGUUUCUCUGACCCGUACAGCUGCCCUGAUGCAAAGGUGUUGCUGCCUGUGCUCUUGACCGAGUUUGGCGAUGCCCAAGAUUCGGGUUAUGCGAAUGUGACUAUGCAAAAGUGCCUUCGCGACUUUACCACGAGGAACAAGAUAGGCUGGGCACACUGGGCGUUGGCAGGGAGCUACCGUAUUCGUCAGAAUGUUGGCUUCUUCAACGACACUUGGGGCCUAACCAACCCGACUUGGACCGAGUACCAGAGCAAGGAUACCGUUGACAACUAUUUUCGUCCUUGGAUCCAGGAUAUGGGUCAAACCAACCUCGAAGUGUGA